CAGGCUCUCACGGCCGCGGCGCCCACGUCGACACAGGCUCCUUGCUGGGCACAAGCAGCUCCAUCAUGGGGCUGGCCUGGGCACUCGGUGUCCUGUUCCUGUUGCAUGUGUGUGGCUCCAACAGCAUUCCAGAGUCUGGGGGAGACAACAGUGUGUUUGACAUCUUCGAGCUCACCGGAGCUGCCCGCAAGGGCUCUGGCCGCAGACUGGUGAAGGGCCCUGACCCUUCCAGCCCAGCUUUCCGCAUUGAGGAUGCCACCCUGAUUCCCCCGGUACCUGAUGACAAGUUCCAAGACCUGGUGGAUGCCGUGCGGGCAGAGAAAGGUUUCCUCCUCCUGGCUUCCCUGAGGCAGAUGAAGAAGACCCGGGGCACACUGCUGGCCGUGGAGCGGAAAGACCACUCUGGCCAGGUCUUCAGCGUGGUCUCCAAUGGCAAAGCGGGCACCCUCGACCUGAGCCUGAACGUGCAGGGGAGGCAGCAUGUGGUGUCCGUGGAAGAAGCGCUCCUGGCGACGGGCCAGUGGAAGAGCAUCACCCUGUUUGUCCAGGAGGACAGGGCCCAGCUCUACAUCGACUGUGAGAAGAUGGAGGGUGCGGAAUUGGACGUCCCCAUCCAAAGACUCUUCACCAGGGACCUGGCCAGCAUUGCCAGACUCCGCAUUGCAAAAGGGCAUGUCAACGACAACUUCCAGGGGGUGCUGCAGAAUGUGAGGUUUGUCUUUGGAACCACACCAGAAGACAUCCUCAGGAACAAAGGCUGCUCCAGCUCUACCAAUGUCCUCCUCACCCUUGACAACAACGUAGUGAAUGGUUCUAGCCCUGCCAUCCGCACCAACUACAUUGGCCACAAGACAAAGGAUCUGCAAGCCAUCUGUGGCAUCUCUUGCGAUGAGCUAUCCAACAUGGUCCUGGAGCUCCGGGGCCUUCGCACCAUCAUGACGACACUUCAGGACAGCAUUCGCAAAGUGACUGAGGAGAAUAGAGUGUUGGCCAGUGAGCUGAGGAGGUCUCCCCACUGCUACUACAAUGGAGUUCAGUAUAAGAACAACGACGAAUGGACUGUUGACAGCUGCACUGAGUGUCACUGUCAGAAUUCAGUUACCAUCUGCAAAAAAGUGUCCUGCCCCAUCAUGCCCUGCUCCAAUGCCACAGUUCCUGAUGGAGAAUGCUGCCCGCGGUGUUGGCCCAGUGACUCUGCAGACGAUGGCUGGUCUCCGUGGUCCGAGUGGACCUCCUGCUCGGUGACAUGUGGCAAUGGAAUCCAGCAGCGUGGCCGCUCCUGCGACAGCCUUAACAACCGAUGCGAGGGCUCCUCCGUUCAGACACGGACCUGCCACAUUCAGGAGUGUGAUAAGAGAUUUAAGCAGGACGGAGGCUGGAGCCACUGGUCCCCGUGGUCCUCUUGCUCGGUGACAUGCGGUGAUGGCGUCAUCACAAGGAUUCGGCUCUGCAACUCUCCCAGCCCCCAGAUGAACGGGAAACCAUGUGAAGGCGAAGCACGGGAGACCAAACUCUGCAAGAAAGAUGCCUGCCCCAUCAAUGGAGGCUGGGGUCCCUGGUCACUAUGGGAUAUCUGCUCUGUCACCUGUGGAGGAGGGGUGCAGAAACGUAGCCGGCUCUGCAACAACCCCACACCCCAGUUUGGAGGCAAGGACUGCAUCGGUGACAUGACGGAGAACCAGAUCUGCAACAAGCAGGACUGUCCAAUUGAUGGAUGCUUGUCCAACCCCUGCUUUGCUGGUACCAAGUGUACGAGCUACCCUGACGGCAGCUGGAAAUGUGGCGCUUGUCCCCCUGGUUACAGUGGAAAUGGCAUCCAGUGCAAAGAUGUUGAUGAGUGCAAAGAAGUGCCUGAUGCCUGCUUCAACCACAACGGGGAGCACAGGUGUGAGAACACAGACCCCGGCUACAACUGCCUGCCCUGCCCACCGCGCUUCACUGGCCCACAGCCCUUCGGCCGCGGUGUGGAAUAUGCCACUGCGAACAAACAGGUGUGCAAGCCCCGAAACCCCUGCACAGAUGGGACCCACGACUGCAACAAGAACGCCAAGUGCAACUACCUGGGCCACUACAGCGACCCCAUGUACCGCUGCGAAUGCAAGCCCGGCUACGCGGGCAACGGCAUCAUCUGUGGGGAAGACACGGACCUGGACGGCUGGCCCAACGAGGACCUGGUGUGCGUGGCCAACGCGACCUACCACUGCAAAAAGGAUAAUUGCCCUAACCUUCCAAACUCAGGGCAGGAAGACUAUGACAAGGAUGGGAUCGGCGAUGCCUGUGAUGACGACGAUGACAAUGACAGAAUUCCAGACGACAGGGACAACUGCCCGUUCCAUUACAACCCAGCCCAGUAUGACUAUGACAGAGAUGAUGUCGGGGACCGCUGUGACAACUGCCCCUAUAAUCACAACCCAGAUCAGGCUGACACAGACAAAAACGGGGAAGGAGACGCCUGUGCUGCAGACAUUGACGGAGAUGGUAUUCUCAAUGAAAGAGACAACUGCCAGUAUGUGUACAAUGUGGACCAGAGGGACACUGACAUGGAUGGGGUUGGAGAUCAGUGUGACAACUGCCCCCUGGAACACAAUCCAGAUCAGCUCGACUCUGACUCAGAUCUCAUUGGAGAUACCUGCGACAACAAUCAGGACAUCGAUGAAGAUGGCCACCAGAACAACCUGGACAACUGCCCCUAUGUGCCUAAUGCCAACCAGGCUGACCAUGACAAAGACGGCAAGGGAGAUGCCUGUGACCACGAUGAUGACAAUGAUGGCAUUCCUGAUGACAGGGACAACUGCAGACUCGUGCCCAAUCCUGACCAGAAAGACUCUGAUGGUGACGGUCGAGGUGAUGCUUGCAAAGAUGACUUUGAUCAUGACAGUGUGCCAGACAUUGAUGACAUCUGCCCUGAAAAUUUUGAUAUCAGUGAAACCGAUUUCCGUCGAUUCCAGAUGAUUCCUCUCGAUCCCAAGGGGACAUCCCAAAAUGACCCUAACUGGGUUGUACGCCAUCAGGGUAAAGAACUUGUCCAGACUGUCAACUGUGAUCCAGGACUUGCUGUAGGUUAUGAUGAGUUUAAUGCUGUGGACUUCAGUGGCACCUUCUUCAUCAACACCGAGAGGGAUGAUGACUAUGCCGGAUUUGUGUUUGGCUACCAGUCCAGCAGCCGCUUCUACGUUGUGAUGUGGAAGCAAGUCACUCAGACCUACUGGGACACUAACCCUACGAAGGCUCAAGGAUACUCAGGCCUUUCUGUGAAAGUUGUGAACUCCACCACUGGCCCUGGAGAGCACCUGCGAAAUGCUUUGUGGCACACAGGAAACACCCCUGGCCAGGUGCGCACUCUGUGGCAUGACCCCCGCAACAUAGGCUGGAAAGAUUUCACCGCCUACAGAUGGCGUCUUAGCCACAGGCCAAAGACUGGUUACAUCAGAGUGGUGAUGUACGAAGGGAAGAAAAUUAUGGCUGAUUCAGGACCCAUCUAUGACAAAACCUAUGCUGGUGGUAGGCUAGGAUUGUUUGUCUUCUCUCAAGAAAUGGUAUUCUUCUCCGAUAUGAAAUAUGAAUGCAGAGAUUCCUAAUCCUCAAACUUGUUCAAAAGACUGAUCAUAACCAUGCUGGUAUUGUACCUUCUGGAACCAUGGGCUUGAGAAAACCCAGGAUCACUCCUCCCUGCCUGCCUUUUUUCUCUGCUUGCAUCAGUGUGGACUCCUAGAACAUGCCUCAAGAAAAUGCAGUUUUCCAAAACAGACUCAGCAGUCAGCCUCUGAAUGAGAAGAGAAUCUUCCAAGGCUAUAAACAAUUCCUAUGGGGUGCUUUUGACAUAAGCAAAAGCAUCCACUUGCUUCAUUUGGGAGGUGCCUGCUCCACUCGUUUUUUUUAGCAUAGAGCAGGGUGCUACUGUGAGGCCAUCUCUGAGUAGUGGACUCAAAAGUAUUUUCAGGCAUGUGAGAGUAGGGAGGACUCAUUAGAAUUAGUGAAAAAAACACCCCUGAUAUACUCCCUCUGGAACAGGGGGAGCACUGGCCCCAGCCCUUAGGGGAGAGCACAUACCCAAGAGACGAUUGUAUGAAGAAACUAUGGAGGAACUAUGACAUGUUCGGUACCAAAUCAUUUUCAGGGGAUUGAAAGACUAUUGCUGGAUUUCAUGAUGCUGACUGGUGUUAGCUGAUUAACCCAAGUAAAUAGGCACUUAAAUAGAAGCAGGGAAGGGAGGAGAAGAUGGGCUUCUAAACCUCCCAAUACCUCCCGAUAACCCCCAUGCACCCCGCCCCCCGUACCUGUCAACUGUAGUGACCGGAGUAGGAAGUCAGAAUUGGACCAAUGUAAGGCAGUGCUGGCUGCCCCUGCCUGAUUAUAAUGAAAUUGUUGGUUUUAUUCCAGAUGUAGCUUGUGCAGAUGUAGCAGGAAAAUAAAAAAAUACCUACCAUCUCAGUGAGCACUAGGCUGCCUCUCAGGGGAGGAGCUGCUGUGCUUCUAUUUUUAUGGUUAGAAAGGCACAAAAUAAUUAUCAACUCAACUAAAACAUUCCUUUUUUUUCCUUUUUUCCUAACUAUCAUGGAGUUUUCCAAUUCUCUCUUUUGGACUGUAUUUUUUUUUUUUUUGACAAACACUUUACAAUGUAAAAUAUUUAUUUUUUACUUAUUUUGGAGGAUCUGUCUGAAAGACGAUUCAUGAAACAGGAAGAAGCGUGAGGACCAUCCAUAUCAUCUUUGUUGUGAGUCUUCAUGACUGUAAGAUUGUAAAUACAGAUUAUUUAUUAACUCUGUUCUACCUGGAAUCUAGUUUCAUAUGGAAAGUGUUGGGAAGCAGGGAUCUGAGAUUUGCCAGCAAAUCUGGCCCAAGAACAGCACAAGGAAAAUCAACAUGCAGAACUGCUCUUCACUUCAUGCUCCGGAGUGAAUGAUCUGGGAUUCUUUUUUCUUUUCCCCUUUGUUUUCUCAAGUGGAGUUAGUUGGUUGUCCAUUUGCAAGCGUAUUUAGAUUGCAAAGAAAGCCUUGAGGCCUUUCAUACUGUUUUACCCCCAUCCCUUAUGCUAAUUUCUAGGGAGAAAAAAAAAAAAUCUACACUUAUUUUUUUUUCAUUUUUCCAAAAGAGAAAAAAAUGACUAAGGUGAAACUUAUAUACAAAUAUUACCUCAUUUGUUGUGUGACUGAGUAAAGAAUUUUUGGAUCAAGCAGAAAGAGUUUAAGUGUCUAACAAACUUAAAGCUACUGUAGUACCUAAAAAAGUCAAUGUUGUACAUAGUAUAAAAAUUCUUUGCAGAAAAGUAUUCCCAGUAAGGAAAUAGCAUCGAAAUGUUAAAUACAUUUUCUGAAAAGUCGUUUUUUCCUGUCAUCUUGUAUACCAUUGCUUUAUUUUUAUAAAUUAUUUUCUCAUUGCCAUUGGAAUAGAUAUCUCAGAUUGUGUAGAUAUGCUAUUUAAAUAAUUUAUCAGGAAAUACUGCCUGUAGAGUUAGUAUUUCUAUUUUUAUAAAAUGUUUGCACACUGAAUUGAAGAAUUGUUGGUUUUUCUUUUUGUUUUGGUUUUGAUUUGUUUUUCGCUUAUUACCCUCCCCCCAGUUUUUACUGUUUGCCAAUACCUUUUUCUAGGAAUGUGCUUUUUUUGUACACAUUUUUAUCCAUUUUACAUUCUAAAGCAGUGUAAGUUGUAUAUUACUGUUUCUUAUGUACAAGGAACACCAAUAAAUCAUAUGGAAAUUUAUAUUUAUACUUAUAGUAUCCGUGUUUGUUUAUUCUCUACCUGCUAUGUUAUGAGAUAUGCGUAAGGCCCCUUCUUAAACCAAUACAACACACACAACAUGGAAUGAUAGUAUGUGAUAAUGACAUCCACAGUUCCUAUGAUUUAGGAUGACUGAGUUGCUCAGGGGUAGGUUCAGAAUGCACAUUUGCUGGACUUGUGGAAUAAAAGAACAAAUCAUAUUAGCCUCCCAUAAUAAAAACAUAGGAAAAUGAAAUCACCCUCAAGAAUGUAGAAGCACAAAGGUUGCAAUUUCAUAUUUUACUAAUGUCAUUUGUUGAAUUGUCUUCAAAUUAUAUUUUCUGAAAACAGAGGGAAAAACAGGACUGAAGCACAUGCUACUCUUACAACUACAUUUAUGGCCAUGAAUGAUGACACUGGCCAGGUGGCAACCAUGUGGUGGAGAAGUUUAGAAUUAAGUGUUAAUGAGAGAGGAUGUAUCCUUAAAAAGUUAGCCAAAUAUUAUAAAUAGCAUUUUUUGGAGAGUGAAUAUACCUUUGGUCAAAAACAUAUGACUAAAGAAAAUGGCAGAUUUAGAAGAAUCCUAAGACUGUAUAUACAUAUAAGCUAUCAAAUUAUUUCAUGAGGAGAAGACCAAAGCAUUAAAGUAAGCAGAUCUUGAGUUUCAGGUAGGCUAACCAAGGAGUAUGGAAUGCACACCAAUUAAUUUUAGUAAGAACAGGUUGAAGAAGACAUUUUAUGAAUAGGUUAAAGGUCAGCAUUGAGGUGUGUUAAACAUUAGAAAGGAAUGUCUGAGUGAGACAGAAUCCUUCUCACUUGUUCUUUUCUCUCUCAUUCUAAAAACACUGUUCUAUCUGGGAGAACACAAUCACAAAUAGGUAUAGAUUGUCAAAUCAUUUUAUGGUACCCAGGUAAAGUAGGAAGAACUAGAAGCUAUUGGUAAUGGUUACAGAAUUGAGAAAAUUGAUUUAAAAGAAUUCUUAAAAAAAAAAACCAACAC